UCGUGUUUGAUGAAACAGAUGCGGCCUGGUCCUCUUCGUCUCCGGUAUAUUGCCUGCCUGUCUUCCGCAAUUCCAAAGGACGGGAACUUGUAUCCACCGCAAUCAUCCAUCGCGAUAAGAGACCAAGGCAGAACCCUGAUCCGCUUUUCCUGCGGCCCUCCAAUGAUGAUGAUGCUGGAAUGAUGGAAUCAACAUUUGCACCAAUGUCCUCCAUUUGCGUUUUAUAUAUAGCCUCGAGCUACUCCUCUACAGGUCCGCUUUCCUCAUCAACACAGACUGUCUGUUCUAUUCUUGCUAGUCGUGCCCGCCUAGGACGAGACAGAAGAGAAUGGAUGAAUGCAGCCCUCUGUGACAGUAAGCCAUGUACCUACCUAGUACCCAUCCAGGUAGCAGAUGCUCUUGUAUGUGCUGUAGUUCCUCCAUCACCACGGUCGCAUAUUAGCUUCCAAGACUACUGUGCGAUUAAGUGGAAUACUUAUCCCCCCCGCCGCCAGUCACCGUCGUAUCCCUCCCGUUGCUCCUCACUACCCGUCGAUGAUUUCAUGGCCCGGUACCAAGAAAUGCCGCAACCACCAUCACCAACGCUCCAAGGCAAUGGUUCAGUCCGCACCGUCGACCUGGCCUACUUCGCUACCAGAUGGCCAGAUGCCCACCAACAGCGAUUGACCGUUACCCAAUCCCAUGCUACUGUCUGUAGCUCCUGCUCACCGACGCCGUCUGCGAAGACGUACAAAACUAUGUUUCAGCGUGCACGGCAGCGAACCUAUUUAUUCCGCCCUCUCGACCUAUCAUCGUUCGUACGCCUCGGAAUUGGCCAGUCCAUUGGGCUGCGGCAUAUACCCGCAAUAAUCAGACACACCGCCUGCGCAGUUAAUCAAGCCUACACUUCAGAGUUUUUGUCCGUCACACACUUACUUGCGAGGCACCACGUCCGACCUUGUUCCUUGUCCUUCAUUUUACUCAUGCACCCAAACGCAACCAGCAAUCGUACGCCGGCUUCUCUGAUUUAUUCCCGCCGGUUCCGGUCAAGAUCAGAUAAGAUAAUCGCUCUGGCCAUGCAUGCAUGCUCAGUUCUUGGCACACAUGUACAUAUAUGUAUGUAUGCGUAUAUACACGUGUUCGCUCUCUCAUACAUACAUACAUUCAUACAUGUACAUAUGUAG